AUGGCUUCUGAGUACAGAAUACACAAGCCAUAUGUGCUGGCGACUCUUCCUCGACCCCUCGACCACACUGAAGGUCGCAUUGUUGCGCGGGAGGUUUAUGGCUUGCGCGAUGGCCAGAAGAAGAGGAAGAGGACAGAACUGGUUGUUGGUGUAGACGGAGAGACAACAAGCAUCUACGAUGUCCCCGCAUCAAGACUGAUAACUUCGUAUCCUAUUCCGCCUCAAGAAUCCUUCACCUGCGCUCCUUACUCGGUCCGAAUUCGACGAUCUGGCUCAAACGAUGUUUCACGGUAUACAUAUAUCGCUACCCGUGACUCUACCGGCCAAAAGAUCUCGCUCUUCAAGGACGUCGUGCACCAGGAUGGCAAGACUACCUCCACUACGAUCGCUUCUCCGGUUCUAAAGACAUCGCCUAUCCGAUACGUCACCUGUAAUUCAAGUGUUUCGGAGACUUCAAACGUAGGAGAUGUGAUCGUCGUCUGCCAGAAUGGCGAGUUUAUCUCCCUGUCCGCCGAGACCCUCGCGAUUCUAUGGACAUCAUCUUCGAAAUCUGCCUUACAGGACGCUAUCGCAACUCAGAUCGAGAGCUUCGAAGUGGACUACAUUACCUCAGGCACGCUUACUGAGUUUAGUGAGGGAAUCUUCAAGGACAAGCCUGAGAUCUUUAGCGCGCUUCCUAAAACUCCUGAUUCUGAGCCUGAGCUGGUUGCGCUUGUGUCGAAAACUCUCAGCCAAGGCCAGGAAAGUCGACAUUCAGUUGUUCUGGCUGUAGCUUCAGGGAUUUCUUCCGCUUCUUCAGAUAUUCAGAAGUUGUCGCCUCUCGAGAUCGUUCCUAUUGGCACUCCUUCACCCCGUGGUGCUGAAACAGCUGUCUAUCAAAUUGAUGUGCAAGCAGCUCUCCUUAUGCAGCUUCGACAAGGCUCUCUUAGCAUCUACGACCUCACCACCCCUGUCCCGAAGCUCAAGUCCGUGGUGCAAAUGGAGAACGCAGUUUCCUUCGCCCGCCUGUCACGACCAUUUGUUCUGUCAUGCUCACUCGAGUCUAUCGGUCUCUACAACCACCAAUACCGCUCGAUUCAUGCAAACGCAUCCCUUGACCUAUCCGAGGUCCUUACCGAAAGCGAAAAGCCUCAGAGCUGUCAAUUGAUUAGCUACUUGCGAAGCCAGGAGCUAGUCGUGGCCCUGGUAGAUAACGUCCUUGUCUCAAUCCAAAUCGAGCCCCCUAAGAGCCAUGGGAAGCGAAGGAAGCAGGGUUUGCUCAUUGACUCUAUUGGUCGUGGAACUGCCACCGAAAUCCCUGCGAAGAAAGCAAAGACAGACAAGCUAUCAGCGGAAUUCUCCAAAUAUGUCCCUGGCUCCAUGACGGAGCAGUACAUGACUAAGCUUCGCAGUGAACUUGACAUUGCAGACGGACAUCUUGCAAAGGGUGACCUUGGUGAAUGGGAGGGAUUGUUGCGAAGACGAUUCCGUGUAGGUCUACGAUCUGCAGCCGACGCCACCGAUGCAAAGGAGGAGAAGGACUCACAGGAACUUCCAGAGUGGGAGUGGCUCUCAGGGGGAGCCUCAUAUGCGAUGGUUGACCGACGUUGGGUUCUCUAUGCCAUUGGGCGAACAUUUUCCAUCUCCACGACUGAGGCUCCGGAAUCGCGCCCCAAGCUGCAACUCAUUCUACCCGACACAAAUGUCACAUCCUACCUGGUUGUUGCCGGACACCUGACCCUCUCAAACCUCAAGGCUGCAUUCAGAGAUGAAUUUGAUGUAGAGGCUCUUGACGGCAAAGCUAUUGUGGAGGACCUCCUGACAAGCCUGACAGAUGCUGAUCCAUCAAUGACGCUGGUGUUGAACUACCUUCAGGCCACCCAGCUUAGCGAGUUGGAACUCCUCCUGGCUAUUCGCGCUUUGAUGCUCAACCUUGACCUCAUCCCCGAUCCUAAGAAGCCAGCUAGCAACAAGCUUUUGAAGAAUGAGGCACAUGAUGGGGUUGAAAACUAUGAAAUGGAUCUCGACGAUCUUGAGCGAGACAUCGCGAUCACGGAAUACUACCUUGGCGACGACAGCAGCAGCCGUUCACGGGGACUCACAUUGGCGUUCACUAAGCUAUGGCGCUUGCCAGCGAUAACUACGGUCAAGGCUAUUCGGGCUACGCUCAAGACGGAGGAGAUUUUGUCUCUCAUCUACACACUCCGAGUGGAACUUGUCCGAGGUGCGUGGACAUCGCUGUACAUCGACCCAACAAGCUUUGAUUCCGAGGGUAAUGACCCGCCUCCGGACGGUGUUAUCACCUUGAUUUCGGACCUCCUCGGUCGAUGCCUUGAUGCUGUCGGUGCCGGUGGCUGGUUGUUGAACGACGCUAUCUCUAGUAACAAGUCCGAGACUGGCGAUCUGUUGACCGCGCUGAAGCUUGAGGUGACUGCUGCUCUUGAAGGCCUGGAGGAGGCUGUGUACCUCAACGGUAUCGUUGGCGAGGCAGUUGGCUUUGGCCUUGCAUCUCAGAAGGGCGGCGCAGGCCGACAAGUAUGGAACGCAAACAAGCCGGUCCCCAUGCAAAUGGAGGGUCGGGAAUCUCGACUGCUCCCGUUGGGACUCAAGACGAAGCAAAUGCCUACCAAGAGCAAGAUAGUGUCGGGCGGCGAGGUGGUGCAGCGCAGUACGCGAGAGACAGGCCACCUGAUCAGUCAGAAGGUGGAGGCAUACUCGCUAGAGAAGCUAGCAAUCUAA